UGGAGACAGAAGAGCCUGCGGAAGGCGGCGGCGGCGGCGGCAGCGGCAGCACCUGCAAGCGGAGGCUGGGGCAGGGCAUGAUAGAGCCUACUGCACUGUGAGAGCGCAGCGGCCGCGGGGUCCGCCAUGCGCUGGCGGCCCUGACAUGGGCGCCAGCGGCUCCAAAGCUCGGGGCCUUUGGCCCUUCACCUCUACGACAGGGGGCGGCGGCCCGGAGGCAGCGGGCAGUGAACAAGCUUUGGUGCGGCCUCGAGGCCGCCCGGUGCCCCCCUUCGUAUUCACGCGCCGCGGCUCCAUGUUCUAUGACGAGGAUGGGGAUCUGGCUCAUGAGUUCUACGAAGAGACAAUCGUCACCAAGAAUGGGCAGAAGCGGGCCAAACUGAGGCGGGUGCAUAAGAAUCUGAUUCCUCAGGGCUUCGUGAAGCUGGAUCCCCCCCGCCUCCAUGUGGAUUUCCCUGUGAUUCUCUACGAGGUGUGAGCCUGGGAGAUGGCAUACACAAACACCGUCUGCCUCAGCAAGAAACUCCCAGACUUGAGGUGUGGUUUCCAUUGAGGAGCCCAGGCCGAGGCCACAACCCUGAAUAAACUCCACUGGCCCAGAACCUUUGGCUGUGAGCAGGGCAGUCCCUCGGUGUUAAUUGUAUAUUGGUUUGUGUGUGGACAGGAGGUGGUUAGUGACUGGUGAAGGCUAAUGGCAGAUUUACCAGCCCACCCUCCCCAGCCACCCCUGCAAGAAACAUGGCAGGGCAUAUGCCAGUCAGGAAUGCCUGGUUCCUGGUUCCUUGCCUGGCCUGCUUCCUUCCAAGCUUUCCCAGGGCCAAGCCCUGCUAGAAGCUACAGCACUUUACAAAUAAAGUCUGCCUUCUUCCAGCCCCUGGGCUAUGGGGGCUUUACACAAAUGAGAACUUCCUUUCCCCUCACUUCCCAUACCCCCUAGUUGGAGCAUUUCAGCCAUUUGCUACCUCGAUUCCUCCUGUAUUGGACAGAGGCUGGGGGCAGCACCAGCCUGAUUCUUCCCACCUACCUGCCAUUUGUUCCCACUUUCAGAUGGACAGUUUGCUGGCAGUUAAUAGAAAUGGGGACUGUUGUGAGAGGCUUCUCCCUUCACCCAGGGCUGGACUGAUCCUUACCCACUGCAAUUAAUUGUUUAUCCUUCCCCUAUUUGAGAGAGUGCAGGCCAGGGUCAGGAUGGGCUGUGGAUGCCUGUGCAUAUGGGGAGUUGCGCCAAGCCACCCAUUCUUUGUAUUAGCCCCCCACACCACUUGGGAGGGAACUGUCUACUACCCUGUGGUAAGGAACAACACACUAGGGCUGGUGUGAAUAGCUAUAAGGAGCCCACCACCCUUCCCCUACAGUAUCCUCACCCCUUCAGUAUCGUUUAAGGGAAAGUACUGGAUCCCCUUGGUAGACACAAAAAGGAAGGGUUUAUGUUUUACAUAAAAGGAAUACUUAAAAUGUGAAGGUUUGUAAAUAGUCUAGUCUAUGAUGAUGUUGGGACAGAGUCUGAUUUCUAUAUAGAAAUUACUUUUUUUUUUUUUUUUUUUUAAAUUCUUAUUGUGCAAAAUCUGUGCUUCUAGAGUGUGGAAAAUGGCUUGGGGAGGGUGGUCCCCAGCAUAGGAAGACUGUUGUGUUAUUUGUUCAAUUUCAAUAAAAUUAUUUGUAGAUCCUGCAAA